AUGGACUCUUCUUCUACCUCCAAAUCCCCCAGCCCAUCCUCCGAAUCCUCACCCUACUUCGAUUCUCUCCUCCGUCGCCGUCAAGAUAAGAAAAUGAGCAUCACUCAAACAUACUACCUCGCUCACACCGCCCGGAAGAAGCUCACCCGUGAAGCUUCCCGGGCGGACCACGACCUGCGUCUGCUUGUCGGCCACGCCAACCUCCUCGACUCACUAAUGUACGAUCUCGCCGACGCUGAGCGUGAACAAGAACGCUGGUUCAACCAGACCGUCAACGGAGCCACCAAGGCUUCUGCCCCUGCUCCUUCCUCUCGGCAACAUGUCCAGUGGGCCUCGACCGUGGUCGAAGAGCCCGAGGAGGACUGGGAUCCGGAGGAUGCGUCCGAUGUGGACUCUGAACUCAGCGACGACUCCGACUACGACGAGUCCGAGUUCAUCAUCAACACUCCUCCCCGCCGCCGCGCCCCAUCGCCCGUGGCUCACUUCGAGGACCUCCUAGAGGAGGAUGACGACGACGAUGACACAGACUCAGACUUUGAGUACGACGAAGCAGAUGAUUCGGACGAGCUGAGCUUGACUCGCUCGUCAUCCCGACAGUCACCACCCGAGCUCCUCGUUGACUUGGAUGGAGACUCCGAGGACGAGGCGACGCCGCCUUCCCCGCUCCAGCCGACGCUGGAGUCGUUUCAUGAAAAGGAGCCUACUACUACGGCUAUUACCUUGGCGAAUUCCGAUCAACCCCAUCUCUUUGAGCAGGGGGGGUAUUUUGGUGCACAAGAGCAGACCAUCAUCGAGGCUUAUUGA